UCUGUCACUCCCAUGGCCCCUGUGUGACUCUGUGUGGAAUGUGCUGGUAGUUUUCUUCACUUGACAUGGACAUGGAGCCUCUGGACGUGGAGGCUCUGAACUUCACGGUGGAGGCUGCGGCGGGGCAGCCCCUGUGUGAGGCGUGGCGGGAGUCCGCGGAGGGCUCCGUGUUCCACCUCGCCAACAUCCUCCUGUUCCUCGGCUUCAUGGGCGGCAGCGGCUUCUACGGGCUCCUCUACCUCUUCACCUUCCUCACCCUGGGCUUCUUCUGCUCCACCCUGUGGGCCUGGGGGGACCCCUGCACCACGGACUCCUUCCUGUGGAGCUUCGCCCUGUUCGGGGUGUGUCUGGGACAGGUGCUGCAUGUGUCCUACCGACUGAGGAGGGUGUCCCUCAGUGAGGACUUCCAGGAGCUCUACAACUGCAUGUUUAAGAAGCUGGGGGUGUCGCUCACUCACUUUGGGAAGAUAGUGACCUGCUGUGAGGGAGACAUCCACACCCUAGAGAGGGACCAGUGCUUCGCCGUGGAGGGGAAGACUGCCAUAGACAAGCUGUCGGUGCUGCUGUCCGGCAGAGUCUGUGUGACGGUUAACGGAGAGUUCCUGCAUUACAUCUACCCCUUCCAGUUUCUGGAUUCACCUGAGUGGGACUCUCUCCGACCAUCGGAGGAGGGGGUUUUCCAGGUGACGCUGCGUGCCGAUAACCCCUGCAGAUAUGUGGCGUGGAGGAGGAAGAAACUCUAUCUGCUCUUUGCCAAACAUCGCUACAUUGCUAAGAUCUUUGCCCUGGUGGUGCGCAACGAUAUCACAGAUAAGCUGUACUCUCUCAACGACAAGGCUUUCGACAGCUCCGGCCACCGCUACGAUCUGCGCUUGCCCAGUUACUGUCACAUGCCAGGGACCGAAUUAGAAAAGGCAGAUGUCUUCCUGCAAGUGCCGGUGCAGGGGCCAAAGACUGCCUAA